ACAUCCGCUCAGAUCUUAAAGCAGUUCGCUUCGGCUGUCGUUGCCAGGGUAGCGUGGGUGUUUGGAAUCCGAACCCAUGGAAUUGUGGGUGUCUGUGGGCGGAAGUCUCGCAGCCCUGGCGUGCCGUGUGCAGAGCUUCUCUAAGGUGCAGUGUGAGAUCUCUGGGUGAGGCUAAGCCAUUUGUACUGCCAGUUUUCUCAACAUAACCAAGCUGGCCUCUGCCCCGAAACUCUUCAAGAAUCGUCCACAUGCUGACCUAUCUUCAAAAUCCUGAGAAAAUUAGAGACAGACCAAGAGUAGAAGCCACAGAGGACAUGCCUACUGACAUGAAUUUCUUCCAGAUGCCCCAGCGAUUAGGAGCAGAGGAACAGGAUGGAUCAUGUGAGAGAUUGGUGUCAUUUGAUGACGUGACUGUGGACUUCAGCCAGGAGGAGUGGCAGCACCUGGACUCUGCCCAGAGACGUCUGUACCAGGACGUGAUGCUGGAGAUCUACAGCCACCUCUUGUCAGUGGGUAAAUUGCAGCUUGACAUACAACAUCAACAAAUUUUUGUGAAAGCUUCAUUUCUAAGUGAUGCAGCCAGCGAAGUCACAAAACAUGGCUCCUCAUAUUGCUCCGUUUUAGAGAAACUCUGGCAGGAUGAUGAUACUGCUGCAAAGAUAGAUCAGCAAAGCCAGGUCCUACCCAUAAGUUCUGAUGCUUUCCUAAACCAGAAAGUACUGAACAUAGACAGUGCUUGUGACUUUGAAGAAACUGGAGAAUCUACUCUUCUGCAACCCCACCUCGUCUCUACACAAUAUGCACCUCCAAGAUCAAAUAGUGACAGUCAAAGCAAUACCACAAAGCAACUUAAUGAUAUUAUUGGAUCUCAUCAGUUUUUUACACAAGCCUCUCCUAAUGGUAUGUGUACAGUUCCUCAUCAAACAGAGAAAUCAUACAAUGAGAGUCAGUUUGGAAACAUACUUUCUCCUAAUCCAUCACUUAUGGAUCAUGAAAUUAAUUUUCAAGACAAACCAGUUGACUAUACUGGAUGUGGGAAGGUCUUCACUGGUGAGACAGCUUUCUGUCAACAGCAAAUAACUAAUACUAUGGAGACAUCUUUUAUCUGUCACACAUGUGGGAAAACCUUUCUUCACAAGUCUAAAUUGACCUCCCAUUCAGAAACUCAUAGAGAAGAGACGCCUUAUGAAUGUCCUGACUGUGCCAAAUCAUUGAGGGGUACAUCUAGCCUGCAAGUGCUCCGUGGAAUCCAGACAAAGGAGAAACCUUACGAGUGCCACGUGUGUGGGAAGUCAUUCAGUUAUACAUCCCACCUAAAGGUGCACCUUCGAACACACACUGGUGAGAAACCUUAUGCAUGUUCUGACUGUGGAAAAGCCUUCAGCCAAAAGUCAGUCCUCACCAUCCAUCAGAGAAUUCACACUGGAGAAAAGCCGUACACAUGCAGUGACUGUGGGAAAAUGUUUGUUUGUGCAUCAGAUCUAACAAAGCAUUGUCGAUUUCACACAGGGGAAAAGCCUUAUGAGUGCCCUGACUGUGGGAAAUCUUUCAGUAUUAAAUCUAACCUGCUUGCACACCAUCGAAUUCACACCAGUGAAGGACCUUACAAAUGCUUUGACUGUGGAGAAUCAUUCAGGAAAAUAUCCCAAUUGAAGGUACAUCAUCAAAUUCACACUGAUGGUAGAUCUUUUGUAUGUUCUGACUGUGGAAUGGCCUUCAGCCAAAAGUCAGUCCUCACCACACAUCAGAGAAUUCAUAGUGGAGAGAAAUGUUACCCAUGUAGUGACUGUGGGAAGUUGUUUCUCUAUGCUUCAGAUCUGAAGAAGCAUUGUCGAUUUCACACAGGGGAGAAGCCUUACAAAUGCCAUGACUGUGGGAAAUCAUACAGUGUGAAGUCGCACCUACAUGUGCAUCAUCGAAUUCACACUGGUGAGAGACCUUACAAGUGUGAUGAUUGUGGAAAGUCAUUCAGAAGAAACUCUCACCUACAGAUGCAUCAGCAAACUCACACUGGUGAGAAGCCUUACAAAUGCUCUGACUGUGGGAAGUCAUUCCGGAGAGCAUCCCACCUGAAAGUACAUCAUCGAAUUCACACUGGGGAGAAACCUUAUGUGUGUUCUGAGUGUGGAAAGGCUUUCAAUGAUAGGUCAGUUCUCAGCACACAUCAGAGAAUUCACACUGGAGAGAAGCCUUACAUAUGCAGUGACUGUGGGAAAGCAAUGUCUUCUAAAGCCAAUCUCAAAGAGCAUCAGCGGAUUCACACAGGCGAGAAACCAUAUGUGUGUGCUGAAUGUGGGAAGGCCUUCAGUGAUAAGUCUUCUUUCUAUAGACAUUGUAAAAUUCACAGUAGGGGGAAACCUUUUGUCCAUAACAAAGGUGAAAAGGGUUUCCUGCAGAAUUCACAAGUGACAUCCUAUGAGCAAACUCAGAGUGCAGAGAAAUUAUCAGUAUAAUAAUAUAAUAAUGGGAAAUCUGCCAUUGCUGUGUAUCAGCUGAAGGCAUAUAGUCAAGGUCACAUAGUACCAUUCCUGAAGCUGUGAGACACUGUUUAUCAACUCUAGGUGCACCAUCCAUGCAAUACUGGGAAGAGACAUGUAUUGUGAAUAUAGAAAGUCCCUCAAAAUCAUGUCAUUUCAAUAGACUCAAGUACUCAUACUAGGCUCUCAUCUGACCAUAGAAAAGAAUUUAUUGUAGAGUCAGUUCCUCAUCCAUUUCCCUCGUCAAAAUACUCCCCUUGGUUUUAAUGGAAAUUUAUUUAUCACAGAUCUAAAUAAGACUGAGAAGGUACAAUACUCAGUUGAUAAAAUCUUUGUCUUCUGCACACCACAGGCAAACACACACACACAUAACAUGCCACAGGUGUCUACACACAAUAUAUACACAAACUUUAUGCAAGCCAUAGUCCAUAGUUUUUAAAAAAAAAAAGCUAUGCAUUGCUUGUUUAAACAUAAAUAUAAUUAUAUGUUUGAGAAAUAUUAAUCAACUUGUAGGAAGAAGCACAAAUGCCUGUACUAUAGUAGAUAUUUUAUGGACUGUGUUUCUUUGCAUGUUGAAGAAAUGUUGACUAAUUAUUUGAGACCUUCUAAAGUUAAGGUUACAAGGUUUUGAGGCUUUAUAGAAAAGUUUAUUGGAAAUUAUAUCAAUAGUACAUCAAUUUUUUUUGUUUAAUGUGGGGCUUUUUUUGUUUUUGUUUUUGUUUUUAUUUUUUAACAUAAGACAGGGUCUUACUAUGUAGCUCAGGCUGUACUGGAAUUCACUAUAUUGACCAGACUGGCCUUGAACUCACAGAGAUCUGCCUGCCUCUGCCUCCAAAGGGGUAGGAUUAAAGAUGUAUACUAGUAUGCUUGGCUGCAUAGUAAUAUUUUUAUUUUUAUUUUCAUUAAUGAAUUAAUUUACUUUACAUUCUGGUCAGAACUUUCCCUCCCUCUCACCUUUCCCCCUUCUCCCUCCUUCCUUUUCUCCUUAGAGAAGGGGAAGCCUCCCAUGGAUAUCAACCCACUUUGGCCUAUUAAGUUGCAGUAGAACUAGCUACUUCUAGUGAGGCUAGAUAAGGCAGUCCAGUUAGGAGAAAGGGGCCCAAGGCAAGCAAAUGAGUCAGAGACAGCCCCUGCUCCUGUUGAUAGGGGUUCCACAUGAAUACCAAACGGCGUGUCUGUUACACAUGUGUAGGAUGCCUACAUUCUUCCCAUGCAUGCUCUCUUGGUGGUGGUUCAGUGACAGUGAGCCCCUAUAGGUUCAGGUUAGUUAAUUUUGUAGAUUUUCUUGUUGUGACCUUGACCUCUCUGGUUCCUUCAAUCCCUCUCCCCCCUCUUCUACAAGAUGAUACUAAUAUUUCAAAUGUCACAAAACUUUCCUCAUUUCCAUCUAGGAAGGGACAGCUUGUGCUGGGCAUGUACCUAGCAUGGUGGCCAACAAACAAAGUAGCUAGUUUUGACUACCUAAGCCUUUCUCUAGAUUAUUCACCACCAUGUCCAGUCUCAGGACAUCAUCAUCUUCAGGGUGCCAUUUGAGAGAAAUACAGAAACCCAGAAUAUUCAUGAACUGAUGUCAGUAUCUCCACAGCCCAUUUGUGCUGGUGUGAGUAAUGCUUCUCCACGAUUCAUAUUCUUCCAGUACCUCAGAAGAUGGCCUCAUAGAAAUGGCUUCUUUGUAAAAAACAUAACUUAGGAUGCAGACAAACUUGGUCAGGGUUGGUCCUAAAUCUGCCUAGUGACGUACUUAUGAUAAAGCCAUGUGAAGACUCAAAAAUUUUGGAAGACAGGGUCAUUAAGGCAGAGAUUUCAGUGACACAACUCCAAGUGAUGGAAUGUUAAUGACUGUUAGCAACAGAAGCUAGAAAAAAAGGAACAGAAUGUUUUAUUCCUUGGGUGUUUCCAAAAUGAGCCAUCCCUUCGCCCAGUAUAUUGAUUUAUCCAUUCUAAUCUCAAACAUGAUGAGACAAUAAGUUUUUACUGUUUUGCCAACUAUCCUAAACCAAUCUAGGAAAACAAUAGAGGGCUUUAGGAUGCCCUUGUAAAUCCAUGGACUGACUUCCUGGUUCUACCAUUACAUCUCAGUACCUUCUCUAAUCAUUGUUUUCUCAUCCACUAUUCCUAAACUUAUGUACUCCCUUGUUUUCUGGUUCCUAUGUUUUUACCUCCUCUUUUACUAAGCUUAUUUGAUGUUAUUAUUCUUCCUAUGAAACAAUGGCCUUAACCUACCUGGUAUCUACUCCUUAUGGUUAGCAUACCACCUAUGUUCCUCAUUUUUGCUUUAAUUGAGACCCUCUAGACAUGAAUAUUCCUUACUGGUA